AUGAGUACCGAUUUCGACAGAAUUUAUUAUAACCAGUCAAAGGUGAGCGGUCGCUUCCGUUUGGGCGAAGGUGGCCUGGGAUGGAAGGCUUCCGCCACUGGCGGGUCGGCUGCCAUGCAAAACAACGAACCAAUUCUCUUGACUGCGGACGAACUGGCUUCCGUGCAAUGGAGUAGAGGGUGCCGUGGCUACGAACUAAAGAUUAACACGAAGAACAAGGGCGUGGUGCAGUUGGACGGUUUCUCGCAGGAAGAUUUCACAUUGUUAAAGAACGAUCUCCAGCGCAGAUUCAACGUGCAGUUGGAACACAAGGACCACUCGCUUCGGGGAUGGAAUUGGGGUACUACCGAUCUGACAAGAAACGAGCUGAUCUUCUCCCUAAACGGGAAACCAACUUUCGAAAUACCAUAUUCGCAUAUCAGUAACACGAAUUUAACAUCAAAGAACGAAGUUGCGCUGGAAUUCGACUUGCAGAAGGAUGGUUACAAUCCAGCCGGCGAUGAACUGGUUGAGAUGCGCUUGUACGUUCCCGGCGUGGUCACACAAGAGGAUCGCCAUAGCAGUCCGGCAGAAGAUGCAGAUGUAGACAUGGAAAAGGACAACAAAGAAGAGAAGUCGAUCGCUGAAGCAUUUUACGAGGAGUUACGUGCCAAGGCGGAGAUUGGCGAGGUUUCUGGUGAUGCUAUAAUUUCAUUCCAAGACGUAUUUUUCACAACGCCCAGAGGUCGUUACGACAUCGACAUUUACAAGAACUCCAUCAGACUGCGGGGUAAGACAUAUGAGUAUAAACUUCAGCACCGCCAGAUUCAGCGUAUUUUUUCCUUGCCUAAGGCUGACGAUAUCCAUCAUUUGAUGGUUCUUUCGAUCGAGCCCCCUCUACGGCAGGGCCAAACUACGUACCCUUACCUAGUGCUGCAGUUCCAAAAGGACGAGGAAACGGAGGUGCAGCUCAAUGUCGAGGAUGAUGAGUUUGAAAGACUUUACAAAGAUAAGCUAAAGAAGCAAUACGAUGCGAAGACACAUGUUGUGCUGAGCCAUGUAUUGAAGGGCCUCACCGACACACGUGUUGUCGUUCCCGGCGAAUAUAAGUCGAAGCAUGAGCAAUGUGCUGUGUCCUGUUCGUUCAAAGCCAACGAAGGCCACCUCUACCCGCUCGAUAAUGCUUUUAUGUUUUUGACCAAACCGACGUUGUACAUUCCCUUCCAGGACGUCAGCUCCGUCAACAUAUCGCGCGCAGGGCAGGCUACCACUUCUUCCCGCACGUUUGAUCUGGAAGUUGUUCUGCGCUCUAAUAGGGGCUCCACCACAUUUGCCAACAUAUCUAAAGAGGAACAACAGAUUUUAGAAAGCUUUUUGAAGUCCAAAAACGUCCGCGUCAAAAACGAAGAGAAAGAGACUCAGCAGCGCCUACAAACAGCCCUUGGCUCUGACAGCGAAGAUGAGGACGUUAACAUGGGUUCUGCUGCAGAGGACGAUGAGUCUGUGGACGAGGAUUUCCAGGCGGAGUCGGAAGACGAUGACGUCGCGGAGGAGUUUGACUCAGACGCCGGUGUCUCGGAGAGUGAAACUGAAGCCGCCGAUGGCGCAGACACCGAGGACAGGCCUUCGAAGAAAGCUAAACUCGCGUAA